UUCAAAGUAGUUUCGGUUGAGCUUCUAUACGAGAAAUCAUUUAAUAACUGUUCGAAAUUUGGACAUUUGUUUAUAUCGUAUAUUUUACAUGUAUAAUUAAUUACUGUUUUACUUUGUACAAUUAGAUAGGAUCGGCAAAGUAUACAGCAAUUUGAAUGGAGGACAGUUUUAGUGAGUGGCGCGAUUCGUCGCGAGAAGACAAAUCUUUUGUUAUUUCGGACAGCGACGAAGACGUUAACGAAAGCAACGAGAAAGAACAAGUUUUUGUAAUCGAGAGCAGCGAGAGCAGCGAGAACAGCGAGAGCAGCGCAAAUGUCUCUGCAAAUAUCUCAAUAUCAAAGAGAGCAUCUUUGUCUGAAAAGCUACCACUAACAGAGAAACUGAUCAAAGAUAGGAUUAAGAAGAAUAUUCCUUGUUAUUCCGACAGUGAAGAUGCCAAUGAUCAUAAUGAUCCUUUGUCAGCCAACAGCAGCGAAGAUUCUGUUGAUGAUGAUAAUGAUAACGCAUCAAGCAGUGAGGUUGAACAAACAACGAAGAGCAAUGACAAAGUAUGGCGACUAUAUGAUGAUAGUAAUGACACAUCAAUUGAUGACAUUGAACAAGUAAGGGAAAAGAGUGAUAAAGUAAGGCGACUGGAACACAAUGAUAGUAAUGACACAUCAAGUGAUGAGGUUGAACAAGUACUGAAGAACAAUGAUGAAGUAUUAAAUGACAAACGACUGGAACACAAUGAUAGUAAUGACACAUCAAGUGAUGAGGUUGAACAAGUAAUGGAGAACAAUGAUAAAGUAUUAAAAGACAGACAACUGGAACACAAUGAUAGUAAUGACACAUCAAGUGAUGAGGUUGAACAAGUACUGAAGAACAAUGAUGAAGUAUUAAAUGACAAACGACUGGAACACAAUGAUAGUAAUGACACAUCAAGUGAUGAGGUUGAACAAGUAAUGGAGAACAAUGAUAAAGUAUUAAAAGACAGACAACUGGAACACAAUGAUAGUAAUGACACAUCAAGUGAUGAGGUUGAACAAGUAAUGGAGAACAAUGAUAAAGUAUUAAAUGACAGACGACUGGAACAUAAUGAUAGUAAUGAUACAUCAAGUGAUGAGGUUGAACAAGUAAUGGAGAACAAUGAUAAAGUAUUAAACGACAGACCACUGGAAGAUGUUUCGAGAGAAAACAAGAAUAGUUUUGAAAUUGAUGUUUCUAAUGUAUCUGAAGGUAAAGAACAUAUCUUACAAUCAAAAAUUGCAGUGUCCUUAGCGGAACAGGAAACAGGUUUUGCGAAUAUAGAUCCAUUUGUUGCACAAAAAAGAGCUCUUCUUGUUUGUAAACUGGAACAGUUAGAAAACCAAUUAAGUAAAACAAAGAUAUUAUUUACUGUUGGUAACAUCAGUUCAUUGCCAGAUAAAGGAGAAAAAUUGCGUAACAAUAUCGCAAUGCAAGAAAAAGAAAUAGAGGAGAUUAAAAUGGAAUUAGAAAAAACGCCUUUGUCGGAAGCUCAACCAGAUUCAAUAAAGCCAGAAGUGUCGGAUAUCGACGAACCUACAACAUAUUCUGAUUAUUAUAAUUUAGAUAACAUACCAUUUAGACAGAAUUCAUCUUCAAAAGAACUUGGGAAAAAAGCUCAAGCAACGUUGGAGAAAGAAUUAGCUCUGACAGCUGAUAGGUUGCAAGAUUUACAUGGAUCUCUUGUAGCUAGACCGACCGAGGAAGAAAGAGCAGAAGAUCCACAGGGUUUAAAAGUAAAAUUAAUGCCGCAUCAGCAACACGCACUGGCGUGGUUGAUCUGGAGAGAACAGCAAAAACCUCCUGGCGGUAUUCUUGCCGACGAUAUGGGUUUGGGCAAAACCUUAACAAUGAUAUCUUUGAUUAUUGCUAGUAUCGCUAAAAAAAAAUUAGGAGUGGAGGACUCGGACAGCGAGGAAUGGCUGGAUUCCAGUGGAUCGAAACGAUAUCAUAAAGGAGGGACGCUUGUCGUUUGUCCUGCGUCAUUGUUAUCACAGUGGGAAAACGAAAUAAAUCAUAGAUGUAAACGUGGUAUGCUGUCGGUUACUGUCUAUCACGGUGCGAAUCGGAUGAAUGUGCCAAAAAAAUUAGCAAAAUACGACAUUGUUAUUACUACAUACAAUCUUCUGACUCGCGAAUUUAAGAGCAACUCUACUGCUUAUGAGAUUCAUUGGGAACGCGUAAUACUGGAUGAAGCGCAUAUAAUUCGAAAUCACAAGAGUCAAGCUUCCCAGUCUGUAUGUGGCCUUGUAGCCCGCAAACGGUGGGCACUUACUGGCACUCCAAUCCAGAACAAAGAAAUGGAUUUAUAUUCCAUCUUAAAAUUUCUCAAGUGUUCUCCCUUCGACGACAUACGAGUAUGGAGACGUUGGGUAGAUAACAAAUCAGCCGCUGGCCGCCAACGAUUGGCGACCGUGAUGAAAACGUUGAUGUUACGUAGAACGAAGCAGGAACUUCAAGCUAAAGGCGCGUUAGAAAGUCUUCCGGAAAAAUUUGUAGAAGAGAUAUCUGUAAAAUUAGAUCCAGACGAGCAACUAGUUUAUGAAAAAAUAUUAAUAUAUUCUCGUUCGUUGUUUGCUCAAUUUUUGGCUCAAAGAGCUGAAAAGGAUCAUAUGUUCGAUUUAGCCGCUGGGAAAUACGAUAAACCAACAUUUCUUUCGAAUCCAAAUAAAAAUACUCAGUUCACGAAGGCGCAGAAUAAAUUAUUAUCGUUACAUGCUGAUGUCAAAGCCCAUGAAAUUUUGGUUCUCUUACUAAGAUUACGGCAAAUUUGUGUUCAUCCAUCGCUUAUCCGUUCGAUGCUAGAUGAAGAAGAUAUCAAAGAGAGUGGUAUAACGGAGUCAGAAAAUUUAGAUUCAGAUUUAUUGCUACAAAUAAAUAAGAUAACACUAGAAGAUGGGGAAAACGACGAAGGAGACACAAAUGAGACAGAGAUUGGCGUUGAUCGCAGAGUGGCUACCAAUUUACUCACGUCUAAGAAUCCUGUUUUUAAGUCCGAUCGUAUAAGCUCGAAAGUAAAAUUGGUGCUUGACAAAGUCACGGAAAUUUUACAAAAAAAUGAUAAAAUGAUCAUUGUUUCUCAGUGGACGAGUACGCUGAAUAUUAUUGCAUCUUGUUUGUCCUCGAUAAAAGGCGCCAGUUUUAAUAUGUUUACAGGCAAUGUGCCGAUCAAGGAAAGACAGGGUGUAAUGGAUUCGUUUAACGUUCCGAACCGCGAUCCAAAAAUAUUGCUGCUCUCACUUACCGCUGGAGGUGUUGGAUUAAACUUGAUAGGUGGGAAUCAUUUGCUGUUAAUUGAUAUUCAUUGGAAUCCGCAAUUGGAAGUACAAGCUCAAGAUAGGAUCUAUCGUUUUGGACAGAGAAAAGAUGUAUUCAUAUACAAGUUUAUCUGCAAGGAUACGAUAGAAGAUCGAAUAAGAUGUUUGCAGGAAAAAAAAAUGGAAAUAGCUCAACAUGUUCUCAGCGGAGAUAAAAACUCUGCUGUCUCAAAGCUUACGCUUGAUGACCUGAAGUCGUUAUUUGGUCUUUGA